AUGGCGUCGCCAGAUGUAUCACUCGAGGAGCUUUUUCAACGCCUGAAAGAGCUAGAUCAUAAUGGGUCCGAAAAGUUUGAAGACGUGAUGACGAAAACCACUACAAACGAGUAUUCUGAAGCUGCAAGCAGCAAGGAAGUGUUAGACAGAUUUCUUCAACCUUCGAACGUUUUGCCCUGGAAGUUGCUAGAUCUGUUCCAAGAAGUGCCCGAAAUGAACUUUAUGGAGGACAGUGACCGUCCUGGAAGUGCCGAUUACGACUACAAAGAGUUUUUGCAGAUUCCGGACUUUAUCAAAAGAACAGCUUACCACUUCAAGAGGAGGGGUAUCGAGGGUAAAAUUGAGGGAUAUAAGGAAUCGGUCAAAUUAGAGGAAGUUGCUAAUGCCAAUGCCUCAAAUUCAUUGUCUCUUUCUAGAAAAAUCAACGCUGAGAGCAAUAUGAUCAGAGGCUCCAGCAAUCAGUUGCCGUUCACUCCCGGUGGCCUGACCAUGUCUACGUUGGGUCAAACCAGCGGUGUGUCAAGUAUGGCCAAUGCCACCAAGCUAUUGCAUCGGGACGAAGAGGGGUUGUUUGAUGUUCCACCAGGUCUCGAGCGAGGCAUCAUUCCACAGGUUUUGACCGCUGGAGAUUCUGACCAAAUAGAAGGCGUCAAUGCUUUGAAUAGUAUUGAUAAUGAAUUGGAGAACUUGCAGGAAAUCACAGAACGUCGUCAAAGGGAAGAGGAACUUUUGGAACAGAAGGCCUCCGAUCUCAUUAUUGCUAAUAAGCACGAUGAUAACGCAGAUGCGGGAAUCGACGAUUUGCUUCCUAUAGGGAUUGAUUUCGGACGCACUAUUCGAAAGACAAAGAAUGAGCUGGGACGCAAAGAUUGGGCCCAUGUUGUGGACCUAAAUCACAAAAUUGAUAAUUUCGAAGAGCUGGUUCCAAACCCUGCCAGAACCUGGCCUUUUGAGUUGGAUGUCUUUCAAAAAGAAGCUGUCUAUCACUUGGAACAGGGUGACUCCGUCUUUGUAGCCGCGCAUACGUCUGCUGGUAAAACUGUGGUAGCAGAAUACGCUAUUGCGAUGGCAAAGCGGAAUAUGACGAAAACGAUCUACACCUCCCCUAUUAAAGCUUUAUCGAAUCAGAAGUUCAGAGAUUUCAAAGAAGAUUUCGAAGACGUCGACGUCGGUUUGAUUACAGGUGACGUCCAGAUCAACCCCGAGGCAAACUGUCUUAUCAUGACUACCGAAAUUUUAAGGUCGAUGCUCUACCGUGGCGCUGAUUUGAUCAGAGAUGUCGAGUUUGUGAUCUUCGAUGAAGUACACUACGUUAAUGAUCAAGAUCGAGGCGUUGUAUGGGAAGAAGUCAUUAUUAUGCUUCCACAGCAUGUUAAGUUUAUCUUACUAUCUGCUACGGUUCCCAACACUUUUGAAUUCGCCAAUUGGAUUGGUAGGACAAAGCAAAAGAACAUAUAUGUCAUCUCUACGCCUAAAAGACCAGUGCCACUGGAGAUAAACGUUUGGGCCAAGGAAAAGUUAAUACCUGUCAUAAACGAGAAAAGAGAGUUUCUUGAGGCUAACUUUAAGCUGCACAAGGAGCUUGUGGCUGGGAAGAGCGCUGCUCCUGGCAAAAGUACUUCCUCCACUGCAAGUCGCAGCCGUGGUGGAAGCGCUCGUGGUGGUGCUACUAACCGUGGUGGACCUAUGCGCGGCGGUUCUCGCGGGGGGUCCCGCGGUGCCGGUGCGGUGGGAUCUAACAGAAGCGACUUUUUCAAAAGAAGUGGCCCAAACAAAAAGACGUGGUCAAAUCUCGUCAAUUACCUUAAGGCCAAUGAGUUACUUCCAGCUGUAAUCUUCGUCUUUAGUAAGAAGCGAUGCGAGGAUUACGCAGACUGGUUGGAUGGUGUCAAUUUCUGCGCCAGUAAAGAGAGGUCGCAGAUUCGUAUGUUUAUCGACAAGUCAAUAACGCGGCUUAAGAAGGAAGACAGAGAACUUCCUCAGAUUACAAAAAUAAAAUCCCUAUUAGAGAGGGGUAUUGCUGUGCAUCACGGCGGUCUUCUACCCAUUGUUAAAGAACUGAUCGAAUUGUUAUUUGCUAAGGGACUCGUCAGGGUGUUGUUUGCUACAGAAACCUUCGCCAUGGGAUUGAAUCUACCAACCAGAACUGUCGUUUUUAGCGAAAUUCAAAAACAUGACGGUAAUAGUCUAAGAAAUCUAAGCCCAGGUGAGUUCACGCAAAUGGCGGGAAGAGCAGGUCGUAGAGGUUUAGACAAGACCGGAACAGUCGUUGUCAUGUCUUAUACUUCACCUUUAGAGCAGGCUUCAUUCAAAGAGGUUGCGCUUGGUGUCCCGACCAGGUUACAAUCUCAAUUCAGAUUGACUUACAACAUGAUUUUAAACCUUUUGAGAAUUGAAGCUCUUCGAGUUGAGGAGAUGAUAAAGUAUUCUUUUAGCGAGAAUAGUAAGCAAACCUUACUGCCGGAGCAUGAAAACCAAAUCAAGAGCUUACAAAGCCAGUUGGAUAGUAUACAGUUCUACGAUGGUACCGACCAAGAAGAGCUGGAUAAGGCUUUAGAUGCAAUUAUACGGUACAAGGAGUGCACAAAGGACAUGAUGAAGGAGCUUGCAGGCGGAAGCAGUGUGUUCCGCGUCCUAAACGUUGGCCGAUUGAUUCUUUUCAGGGACGAGAAUGAUAAUGCGAAGCUGGGUUUUGUGUUUAGAAACUUACCAAAAGAGGGUCAAGUUGUUGUCAUGACUGUGACGAAGGCCAAUACGCUUGAGAAUGGUCAGCCCAAUCACCUGCCAUUCUUCUCAGGAAUUCCAAACUUCAUCAGAAAUAACUACAGAAACUUCGAAGAGACUGAUUUUUACAUGGAAACUGUCGCGAUGGAGAAUAUCGAGAUGGUAAGCGCGUUUACUCUGGAUGUUUCCAUGACGGAUAUCAUGAAGCAAGAGCCAGAGGUUUUGGAGAAGUUCAAGAGUGAGGUGUCGCUCAUUUUGAGAAUAUCCAAAAAGCUGAAAGAGACGAAGUAUGAGAAGAAGGGCAGUUUGAAGAUUCAUCAGGCUGUCUUGGACAGAGAAAAGAUAAAGGCGGAAAUCGCUUCAUUAGAAUGCUUGAAAGCUCCAAAUUUCUCAGUGCAGUUUUCGCCAAAAUACAAGGAGUUUGAAAUCCAGAGACAAAUAAAGGAGCUCUACCAUUUGAUGUCUGAUCAAAACUUGAGCCUGCUUCCGGACUACGAGCAGCGUCUCUCCGUCUUGAAAGAUGCAGGAUUUAUUGAUCAAGGUCAUAAUGUUUUGCUAAAGGGACGUGUUGCGUGUGAGAUCAAUUCUGGCUACGAACUUGUUUUAACAGAGUUAAUUCUCGACAACUUUUUGGGUGACUUCGAGCCGGAAGAGAUUGUGGCGCUACUUUCAGUUUUCGUCUAUGAGGGUAGAACUAGAGAAGAGGAGCCCGCGGUGGUUACUCCUCGAUUGGCAAAGGGUAAGAGUAGAAUCCAAGAAAUCUACCAGGCCAUGUUAGACGUGUACGAAAAGCAUCAGAUUCCGCUAACGAAAGAGGAAGCGGAGUUUUUGGAGAAAAAACGAUUCGCACUCAUGAACGUAGUGUACGAAUGGGCCAGAGGACUUUCAUUCAAGGAGAUCAUGGAGAUGAGCGUCGAGUCUGAAGGUACUAUAGUGAGGGUCAUCACCCGUCUAGAUGAAAUUUGUCGGGAAGUGAAAACGGCUUCAAUCAUCAUUGGAAACUCUACCUUGCAUAUGAAGAUGUCUCAAGCCCAAGAAUUGAUUAAGAGAGACAUCGUGUUUGCCGCAAGUUUAUAUCUGUGA